ACAUUCACGCGCGCUCUCACUCCUCCCAGAGGACGGAGGUGCGCAUGCGUUUCGUCUCAACUCAAGAUGGCAACUGCAGCAGACCACGGCUUGAAAACAAUAGUUUGGCAAAGAAUCAAGGACACCCUCAUUGCCGACUGCAGAAAGUCAGAAGUAUGGAAGAUCCUCAUACUGGACCAUUUCACCACGCGCCUCCUCUCCUCCUGCUGCAAAAUGUCCGACCUCAUGUCGGAGGGCAUCACAAUUGUGGAGGACCUGCACAAAAACAGAGAACCAGUUCCAGAGAUGAAGGCCAUCUAUUUCAUGAGACCCACUGCCAUGUGUAUUGAUGCAUUUAUUAAUGACUUCAAACCGAAACCCAAAUACAAAGCUGCCUAUGUCUUCUUCACUGACUACUGUCCUGAUGAUCUCUUCGACAAGAUGAAGAAGAGCUGUGCCAAGCACAUUAAAGUGUGUAAAGAGAUCAACAUCUCGUUUCUGCCACUGGAAGCACAGGUGUUCAGCUGUGAUAACGCAGAGGCCUUCAAGAGCAUCUACACUCCGAACAGUCAGGACAGAGAUCAGACGCUGGAGACGAUAGCUGAUCAGAUCGUAACGCUCUGUGCCACGCUGGACGAGUAUCCUGGAGUCAGAUUCAAGAAAGAUCCGAAUCUUAAUUAUGGCAAGAAGUUGGCUGAACUUGUGGAUAAUAAACUGGCACGACAUUAUGAGUUGGAUGAUAAUUCAAAGAAAAAGGGAAAAACGCAGGCUCAGCUUCUGAUUGUCGAUCGUGCGCUGGACCCUGUUAGUCCUAUUCUUCACGAGCUCACCUACCAGGCCAUGGCUUUUGACCUCAUACCAAUAAAGGACAACGCCUAUGAGUAUAAGUUAAAGGAUGGCUCUAAGAAAGAAGCUUUACUGACUGAAGAGGAUGAAUUAUGGGUCAAACUACGCCACAUGCACAUUGCUGAGGUCACUGGGCAAAUCCCCAAACUGGUGAAGGAAAUCUCUGCCAGCAGAGGUGAGAAGAAACAGUCCGAUGAGAAGAUCUCAAUCGGAGGCCUAUCACAGCUCAUGAAGAAGAUGCCAGCCUUCCGCAAGCAGGUGACUCAGAAAACUGUCCACAUAUGUUUAGCUGAGGAUCUGAUGAGUCGUUACCAGAAGAAUGUGGAAAAACUCUGCAAAGCCGAACAGGAUCUGGCUGUAGGUGCAGAUGCUGAAGGACAGAAGGUCAAGGACCCCAUGAGGACGUUACUUCCUGUGCUGUUACACCCACAUGACACCACUGAUAAGAUCCGGGCCGUUCUUCUCUACAUCUUCAGUCUGAACGGUACGACAGCGGAGAACCUGAAUAAACUGAUUCAGCAUGUGAAAAUCGAGGAUGAGAGAGGGUAUAUCCUGAACUGGGAACAUCUGGGAGUUCCCAUCCUAUCCACGCCGAGCAUGUACUCAUUUCGUAAACAAUCUCGGAGAGACCGGUCAGAUGAGGAGACUUACAAAGUGUCUCGCUGGACACCCAUCAUUAAAGAUGUAAUGGAGGAUGCCGUGGAGAACAAACUGGAGGUCAAAGACUGGCCGUAUCAGUCUGAAUGUCCGUCUGCGUGGAACGGCUCGCGUGCUGUAAGCGCGCGGCAGAAGCACAAGGGCAGUUCUCCGGACGACCUCAGGAGCGGCUUGCGGCUCAUCCUCUUUGUUCUGGGUGGGGUCACCUACUCAGAAAUGCGCUGUGCUUAUGAAGUCACGCAUGCCAAUAAAUCCUGUGAGGUCAUCAUUGGCUCGACGCACAUCCUGACUCCACGCAGUCUGCUGGAGGACAUUUAUAAGCUGGGCAAACAGCCCAUGGAAAGCUUUACCAUCGAGGAGGACAACCCCUGAGCGGCGCUGCACUGCCAUUCCUCCUCUCAGGACUGAAGGGAACAGGUCUCAACUGCUUUAGUCACCUCAUACAGCAUUAUUUCGCA